CUCCCCUCCCCAAACUGUAUAUCCAGCUCAAACAUCCAUUCCGCACGGCCACCCACUCCUCCCAUCAUCAUCGUAAGUCUACUUUAGCCUACCCUACUACUUACACCUCUUGGUCUACCUUCACCUUCACCUCUACCUCUACCUUUUCUUUUACAUCAUACUCCACUCUCCCAGACUAGCCCGUCCCGCUAUCGUGCAGGUACCCACUCCAGCCUUGAGCGACAUAAUCUUCUCUACCCUUCCCUUCCGACUACUUCUUCCCUCCAUUCCCAACAACACCACGCUCAUCCUCCCUCUCACUGACAAUCCAAUCUCUACCCGUAGACAUUGAUACCAGGCCUACUCUCUCGCCAUGCGUUACUCCUCCGUCUUCGUCGCCGUUUCGGCCCUUGCUUCCUUCGCCGUUGCCCAGAACGAGACCAGCCAACUCCCUCCCACGAUCCAGCCAUGCUGCACCGUCGACCCGCAAUUGAUCUCCUCCACCAACAAGACGAACUGGUGCUUGGCCGAGAGGAACACCUGCCGUGAAGCUUGCGAUAACCAGGUUGCGGCUGGUGGAAACACCUGCGACAAUAACAGCCUCGAGUUUGAGUGCAAGUGCCGCAAUGGUACCGACCUCGACAUGAAGCAGUAUGAGCAAUCUGUCCCAGGCCAGAUGUGCCGCUUCUGGUACGAUCAGUGCGUUGCUGCGACCAACGAGGAUCUCGACCAGCAGAAGGCUUGCGAGGCUGCUCGCGACGCCAACUGUGGAACUCAGUUGACCAACGGCGACACCACCUCCUCGUCAGCCAGCUCUUCCGAGCCCACAUCAUCUCCUACCAGCACCGGUGGAAGCAGCGAGUCGGCUACCUCCGCAGGUGCCGUUCCCGCAACCUCCAGCCCUGGUCUCGCGCCUGCCCUUGCCUACGCUCGCGAGUACAGCACUCCCUUGAUGGCUGGUGGUCUUGUCGCACUGUUCGGCUUCGCUUUGUAAACAGCCCAUGCCGUGGCGCAAGCGUGCACGUAAGAUCAAAGACAGGCGGAAAGACGGUUGGGCGGGCACCACGAACACACCACUACACUACACUACCACUACUCCACGACUACCUUACUACCAUUGCAUUGGGACGUUUUAUGCGGAUGAUACGAAUUAAUAUGGGAUUGCACUUGCACAGGGCAACAUGGGCCAGGAUGGAACAGCCUUCUCCAGCGUUGUCCGCGCUCAUUGAGCAUUGGAGUUCGAGUGCGUUCAUUUUUGGGUUCAAUUGCAUGUUCACUAUAUUAUGUUCAGUGAGUGGGUGGAAGCCGGCCGAGCAUGGUGGAUGUUAAUGAAGCGUUACGAUGGAUAUGUCUUAAAAAGCUAUCCAAAAUCAAAUAUAUGAUUCUCCCCCCAAACC